AAGCAGGUGUUGUUCUACUGGGAGAACUACUUCAAGUCGAUGGAUCGUAUUGCGCUGACUAUCCUGCAAAUUAUCAAUGACAGAAUCUUUCCUUAUGCAAAACGAAACUAUGCUUCUUGGAACGAACCAAGUAGAGAAAAUACAGUCAGCCCAUUCUUUUUGCCACGAAUGCCCCCAAAAGCUGAAGGCUUCACUGCUGUUGUUCUGACUUACAAUAGAGUUGAGAGCCUUUUCAAGAUCAUCAAAGAAAUUUCAAAAACACCUAGUUUGAGCAAGAUACUUGUGGUGUGGAAUAACCAGGAAAUGUCUCCACCAGCUGGUUAGUAUAUCAUUCAUUGA